CAUCUUGCAUUAAACCAUCACAAACAACUGAUACACUCACAAACACACACAUACAAACACACACAUAGCAAAAGAAUCAAUUUCAAGAACAAAAGAGAUGGCAAACUUCCCAGUUAUCAACAUGGAGAACCUGAAUGGUUCUGAGAGAGGUGUUACCAUGGAGAAGAUCAAUGAUGCAUGUGAAAACUGGGGAUUCUUUGAGUUGGUGAACCAUGGGAUUCCUCAUGAUUUACUUGACAAAGUCGAAAAGAUGACAAAGGAUCAUUACAAGAAGUGUAUGGAGCAGAGGUUUAAGGAAAUGGUGGCAGCCAAAGCUUUAGAAGGUGUGAAAGCCGAAGUUACCGAUAUGGAUUGGGAGAGCACUUUCUUCUUGCGCCAUCGCCCUACCUCCAACAUAUCCGAGAUCCCUGAUCUUGUAGAUGAAUACAGGGAGUUGAUGAAGGAUUUUGCUGGUAAAUUAGAGAAGCUAGCAGAGGAGCUUUUGGAUUUAUUAUGUGAGAAUCUUGGGUUGGAGAAAGGUUACUUAAAGAAAGCCUUUUAUGGUUCAAAGGGUCCAAACUUUGGAACCAAGGUUAGCAACUACCCACCAUGCCCAACACCGGAUUUGAUCAAGGGUCUCCGAGCCCAUACCGAUGCUGGUGGCAUCAUUUUGCUCUUUCAAGAUGAUAAAGUUAGCGGUCUACAGCUUCUUAAGGACGGCGAAUGGAUCGAUGUUCCGCCCAUGCGCCAUUCCAUUGUCAUCAAUCUUGGUGACCAAAUUGAGGUGAUCACAAAUGGGAAAUACAAGAGUGUGAUGCACAGAGUUAUUGCUCAAACAGAUGGAACAAGAAUGUCAAUUGCCUCUUUUUACAACCCAGGGAAUGAUGCUGUGAUCUAUCCAGCUCCAACAUUGUUGGAGAAGGAGCCAACAGAGAAAGAACAAUCGUACCCGAAAUUCGUGUUUGAUGAUUACAUGAAACUGUAUGCAGGUUUAAAGUUUCAGGCAAAGGAGCCAAGGUUUGAAGCCAUGAAAGCAGUUGAAGCUAAUGUUGGCUUGGGUCCAGUUGCAACAGUUUAAGUGACAUGUUUUAAAUAAUAGAAUGUGAUAAUAAUUAUUAUUAUUAUACUUUUUUUUCUUUUAUCUUUUUUCAAUUUUUUUUGAGAGGUCUCAGCCAUCUAUAGAUACUCUACAAAGAAUUGUGUGCUUACUUUUUACUUGUUAUACCAUAAUGACAAAAGUGUGUUGUACUCAUUUUCAAUUAAUUAUUAAUUGAGCUUUGAAUCAUGUAGUGUAA